GCCUCUUGGCCACCCAAAGUGCUAGGAUUACAGGGGUAAGCCACUGUGCCUGGUGGGAGAGGUUCUAUCGGCACCUUAGGUAUUACUUCCUCUGUUUGACAGAUGAAGAAAUUGAAGAGGUGAAAGUGGCCAUUCAAAUCCUGGGCACCCCUAGGAGUCAGGAUGUUGGACACAGGGUUUAACAGGGCCUGCACUCCUAUCCUGAACUUCCAGAUCUGUGGCUGCCAGCCCUGUGGCAUGGAUGAGGAAGAGCCUGGCCAAGACCCCCAGAGCCUGGACAAGAAGCCUGGGAGUGUGGCCAGUGCACAGGAUGGGUUCUGGAGCUCAUGCCCUUGCCAGGCCACUCCCAGCGUUGGAAGUCCAUCAGCCCUGGCUUUGAAUCCUGCCUCCAACAUACGCUAGCUGUGUGGCCAACCGUGGGCAAGUCAUUUAUCUCUUGGAGCCUCAUCUGUGAAAUGCGGAAGAUUGAUUCCUACCUUAUGGGGCUGUGAUGAGGAUUUCAUGAGAGGAUAACAUAGUAGUGCCCUUGGCAUGGUGCCCAUCACUUAGUCAGUGCUCUGUAAUCAGCAGCUGGUAUUAUUAUAACAGUUUAUCAUGCAUCUGUCUUCCCACCUGAAACGUGGGACAGUAAUUCCUGUCAUACUGGCUCGAAGGACAUGGUGUUGUCUGUGUGAGCUGUGGGGUCAUUAUAGGUGGCAUUACUGCCACUCAAAGGCCAGCCCAGCCCUACAGGGGUAGGGAGACACACCCAGUUCCCAGCACCAGGGGAAGCUGGAUGACAGCUUCAAUCCAUCAGUGAUAGGCCUCAGUCCAGCCUGACUUUAUAGAUCCCAGAGGUACUUAAGUCCGUGGGGGGUAAAGUCUAGCCCAUUUCUUCCUCCACACGGCUGCUGCCCAGAGCAGGCAGGCAGGUAUGGGAUGGGGGGUAGGAGUGCCCUGGGCCUUGGUAGACUAGUUAAUCAGCUUCCAGAGCAAGGCUCCAAGGAAUAGCAGUGGGUUUGGGCUGGAGCUGUGUCUCUUGUCUGCAGCAGUUCAGGAUCUGGUUAUCCCUAGCCCUGCAGACUGAAGAGGAGCUUGAGGAAGCCUCAUGCAUGAAGGGACAUAGAUCUCAGUUCUACCUUGCCCAACUCUAGCCUGGCUUUGCCAUGCACUGCUGAGUUCUGCAAGGGAUGGGGUGUGCUUUUCUGCUCUGCAGGCUCCUACCCUCUUGUCCACUGAUGCAGGGUGAAGGCUGGGGUGUGUGAGACCAGAGUGGAAGGGAGGUUGUCUGGGGAACUAAAGGACAGCCCUGGGGGCAACUCUUGUUACCUCCUGCCCCAGGCUCCCAGCACCAUGACGGUUUCAUACACUCUCAAAGUGGCAGAGGCCCGCUUUGGGGGUUUCUCUGGACUGCUUCUCCGAUGGAGGGGAAGCAUCUACAAGCUCCUCUACAAGGAAUUCUUCCUCUUUGUGGCCUUGUACGCUGUGCUUAGCAUCAUCUACCGGCUGCUGCUGACCCAGGGGCAGAGGCACGUGUAUGCUCAGGUGGCCCGGUACUGCAACCGCUCAGCGAACCUCAUCCCCUUGUCCUUUGUACUGGGUUUCUAUGUGACUCUGGUGGUGAACCGCUGGUGGUCUCAGUACACAAGCAUCCCGCUGCCAGACCAGCUGAUGUGCGUCAUCUCGGCCAGCGUGCACGGCGUGGACCAGCGGGGCCGCCUGCUGCGUCGCACCCUCAUCCGCUACGCGAACCUGGCGUCCGUGCUGGUGCUGCGCUCGGUCAGCACCCGCGUGCUCAAGCGCUUCCCCACCAUGGAGCACGUGGUGGACGCAGGUUUCAUGUCGCAGGAAGAGAGGAAAAAGUUUGAGAGCCUGAAAUCCGACUUCAACAAAUACUGGGUGCCCUGUGUCUGGUUCACCAACCUAGCGGCCCAGGCCCGGAGGGACGGGCGAAUCCGUGACGACAUCGCUCUCUGUCUACUUUUGGAAGAGCUGAACAAGUACCGAGCCAAGUGCAGCAUGCUAUUCCACUAUGACUGGAUCAGCAUCCCCCUCGUCUACACCCAAGUGGUGACCAUAGCCGUCUACUCCUUCUUUGGCCUCUCCCUGGUUGGCCGCCAGUUUGUGGAGCCAGAGGAAGGGGCUGCCAAACCUCAGAAGCCUCUGGAGUCAGGCCAGGAACCAGCCCCGGCCCUGGGAGACCUGGACAUGUAUGUGCCUCUCACCACUCUACUGCAGUUCUUCUUCUAUGCUGGCUGGCUCAAGGUGGCUGAACAGAUCAUCAACCCAUUUGGUGAGGACGAUGACGACUUUGAGACAAACCAGCUCAUAGACCGAAACUUGCAGGUGUCCCUGCUAUCCGUGGACGAAAUGUACCAGAACCUGCCCCCAGCCGAGAAGGACCAGUACUGGGAUGAGGACCAGCCGCAGCCACCCUACACUGUGGCCACGGCGGCCGAGUCUCUGCGGCCCUCCUUCCUGGGCUCCACCUUCAACCUGCGCAUGAGCGACGACCCUGAGCAGAGCCUGCAGGUGGAAGCGUCGCCCGCGUCUGGUCGGCCGGCGCCCGCCGCGCAGACCCCGCUGCUCGGCCGCUUCCUGGGCGCAGGGGCGCCCUCCCCGGCCAUCAGCCUCCGGAACUUCGGCCGCGCGCGAGGCACCCCCCGCACUCCGCAUCUGCUUCGCCUCCGGGCCGAGGAGGGCGGAGACCCCGAGGCCGCAUCCCGCAUCGAAGAAGAGGCGGCGGAGUCCGGGGACGAGGCCUUGGAGCCUUGAGGUGACGCUGUGCUGCUGGUCCAGGAAACACAAUCUGAGAGUCACGUGAAGCAGUACUUGGAGGGGUAUACCUAACCCUGGUAACCUUACUCAGAAGAAGCAUCCCUGUGUGCUGGGGGACUUCUGCCUUAUCUGUAAUGUUCAAGUUUUUGUUUACAUUGAGAAUAUAUUCAAGUUUUUAACUUUU